AUGAACUGCAGGGAGAUGGGUUCAGCAGCGUUUGUUACCGGUGUUGUGGCAGUUCUUCUUAUUCUCUGCAGUACUUGUGUUGCCGGUUUUGUAAAUUAUAACACCGGAGCUAGUGUUGUUGAAGGUAAAUUAAACGUUCAUUUGGUUCCGCAUUCUCAUGAUGAUGUUGGAUGGUUGAAGACUAUUGAUCAAUAUUAUGUCGGAUCAAAUAACACUAUUCAGGAUGCUUGUAUUGAGAACGUGUUGGACUCGGUGGUUGAAUCUUUGCUAAGGAAUCCUGAUAGAAAAUUCAUAUUCGCUGAACAGGCUUUUUUCCAGAGAUGGUGGGGGGAGCAAAAUGAGCGUAUACAAAUGGCAGUCAAAAAACUUGUAGAAACUGGCCAACUUGAAUUUGUAAAUGGUGGAUGGUGUAUGCAUGAUGAAGCAACAACACAUUACAUAGAUAUGAUAGAUCAAACGACGCUAGGACAUAGAAUGAUCAAGCAACAAUUCAAUGCUAUUCCGCGUUCCGGUUGGCAAAUUGAUCCUUUCGGCCACUCUUCUGUUCAAGCUUACCUUCUUGGCUCUGAGCUUGGUUUCGAUUCACUGCACUUUUGGAGGAUGGAUUAUGAAGACCGAGAAAAACGCUGCAAGAAUAAAUCACUUGAAGUUAUAUGGCGUGGUUCUAAGACUUUUGGUUCCGCUGCUCAGAUUUUUACCAACAUUUUUCCUGUCAAUUAUGCUCCUCCUCCCGGUUUCCACUUUGAAGUGAAAGAUGAGGACUAUUUACCUCUACAGGACAAUCCUCUUCUGUUUGAUAUGAAUAUCGAAAAUCGAGUGAACGAUUUCAUUACGGCUACAAUUAGUCAAGCAAACAUUACAAGAACAAACCAUAUAAUGUGGGCAAUGGGUGAUGAUUUCGUGUACCAGUAUGCCGAAACUUGGUUCAAGCAAAUGGACAAAUUGAUUCAUUACGUUAACAAGGAUGGUAGAAUUAAUGCAUUGUAUUCAACUCCAUCGAUUUAUACUGACGCAAAGAACGCAGAAAAUGAAACUUGGCCAUUGAAAACUGAUGACUUUUUCCCUUAUGCGGAAAGAGCACAUUCAUAUUGGACUGGUUAUUUCACAAGUCGCCCAUCAUUCAAGCGAUAUGUUCGUGCAUUGAGUGGAUAUUAUCUGGCAGCAAGGCAGCUGGAGUUUCUAGCAGGAAGGGAGGCUAAUGGUCCAAAUACAUACAGUUUAGGUGAUGCUUUAGGAAUUGCACAACACCAUGAUGCUAUUACGGGAACUGCGAAACAACAUGUGAACGAUGAUUAUACUAAGCGACUUUAUAUUGGUUCUUCUGAGGCGCAAGCCGUUACAAACUUAGCUCUGUCACGCGUAACAAAAUCGAGUCAACAAAGUGCAAUUCCUGAAGUAAAAUUUUCCCAAUGCCCAUUGCUAAAUAUAAGCUAUUGUCCACCAACUGAAGAAGACAUCCAGAAAGGGAAGAGCCUGGUUGUAGUAGCUUACAAUUCUCUUGGAUGGAGUCGCACAGACAUUGUCAGGGUUCCUGUAAACAGUCCAAAUCUUAUCGUAAGAGAUUCUAAGGGAAACACGAUUGAGUCACAGUACGUAGAAAUGGACAAGGUCACAAAGAACUUAAGAAGAAAUUAUACGGAAGCGUAUCUUGGAAUAUCUGUCAAUAAGCAGGAAACUCCUAAGUACUGGCUUUUAUUUCUAGCUUCAGUGCCUCCUCUAGGAUGGAAUACUUACUUCAUUAGUAACAAAGAUGAAGUACAAAGUGGGCAUCGUAGACGAAUGGAUUUGAAUAAGUCUAAUACACAGAAUGAGACGGUCGAAGUUGGACCAGGAAACUUAAAGAUGUCAUUCUCAUUAAAAACUGGACAACUGAAGAGUAUGCUAAAUUCUAAAACAGGGGUUAAUGUACCCAUGCAACAAAACUACCUCUGGUAUGCUUCAAGUUAUGGUGACAAGAGGGAUUCACAAGCUUCUGGUGCGUAUAUAUUCCGCCCUAACAGUUCCUCCCCAUUUCCUGUUUCUAAACCUGUAGUACCUAUGAAGAUUGUGCGAGGACCCCUUGUGCACGAAGUUCAUCAACAAUUCAGCUCCUGGGUAUAUCAGGUGACAAGACUUUACAAAGACAAAGACCACGCUGAAGUUGAGUUCACUGUUGGUCCGAUAGAAGCAUAUGAUGGCAUGGAAGUCAUUACUCGAAUGACAACCAGUAUGGCUACAAAAAAGAUGUUUUAUACAGAUUCUAACGGAAGAGAUUUUCUACAACGGGUGCGAGAUUACAGAAAAGACUGGUCACUCUCAGUUUAUGAACCCGUAGCAGGAAAUUACUAUCCACUUAACCUUGGAAUGUAUAUUGCGGAUAACAAGACUGAGUUUUCAGUCUUGGUUGAUCGGGCCACUGGUGGUGCUAGUAUUCAUGACGGAGAAUUAGAACUCAUGCUUCAUAGGCGGUUACAAUACGAUGAUGGCAAAGGCGUGGGUGAACCUCUUUCUGAAGUUGUAUGUUUCAACGAAACAAAUUGUCAACCACUCAUGAUACGCGGUAACUAUUACGUCAACAUCAACAAGUUGGGGACAGGGCAAAGAUGGCGACGGACAACUGGUCAAGAAGUUUAUUCCCCGCUUCUUUUGGCUUUCACACAUGAGAGUAUUGAAAAUUGGAACGCUUCUCACGUCACGAAAGCAACUACUAUGGAUCCGAGUUACGCUUUACCUCCUAAUGUUGCAUUGAUAACUCUUCAGGAACUUGAUGAUGGUGCGGUUUUAUUCAGACUCGCACACCUUUACGAGAUCGACGAAGAUACUGAGUAUUCAAUUAUGGCCAAAGUAGAGCUGAAGAAAUUAUUCGGCAAUAGAAUGAUUAAGGAAUUGAACGAAACAAGCUUAUCGACAAACCAAGAGAAGUCAGAAAUGAAAAAGAAGAUGAAAUGGUCAUUAGACAGUGAUGGGAGAGAUAAUGGCCAACCAGAAGCUGUCGCCACGAGAGGUGCUCCUGUUGAUAAAUCCACCUUAGUUGUUGAGUUAGGUCCGAUGGAAAUUCGCACAUUCUUGAUUAGAUUUUAUCAAAGAGAAAGAAGAAGAAGAAUCCACGAGCAGAUAUAA